AUUUUAUUUGACAAUGGUACUGACUGGUACAGUUAGCGUCACUGGAAGAAGUCGAGCUUUGUGCGCGGCAGAGAACGUGAAGUGGAAUGUCAGUGUUUUGUCGGCUUGUCAAGUGAAUGUUGAAGUGAGGGUGUGUUCGCCAUUUACCUGGACGGCCAUCAGUGCUCUUGUGACUACUUUACUAAACGAGAACACAGAUACAACUGUACAUUUGUAUUUAUUGUGUUAACGCUGGCUACUCUUCUGAAGAAAGCAGGGUCCGGAUUAAAGGAUGUGAAGAAGGCUCUGAGUCGGGGCUCCAAGAUGAGUGUGACGUCAUGGUUCCUGGUCAGCAGCUCAGGUACAAGACAUCGGUUGCCACCAGAGAUGAUCUUUGUCGGCCGGGAGGAGUGCGAGCUCAUGUUGCAGUCGCGCAGUGUGGAUAAGCAGCAUGCUGUCGUCAACUACAACCCAGCCACAGACGAGCACAUGGUGAAGGACCUGGGCAGCCUGAACGGGACUUUUGUGAAUGAUCUGAGAAUCCCAGACGAGACUUACAUUACCCUGAUGCUCUCUGAUGUCAUCCGCUUUGGAUAUGAUUCUCAUGUGUACAUCCUGGAGAGGAGUCAACACAAGGUGCCAGAGGAGGCUCUCAAACAUGAGAAGUACACCAGCCAGCUGCAGAUGAGUAUGAAGGCACUGGAGGCCAGGAAGAAGGAGAAGGAGAGGCAGCAUGCUAAGGAGAAGACCAGAGACUCAUCCUGCUUCCAACAGGAGAAAGUCGAGCAUAAAGCUGCCCUCGCAGCAGUGGCCAGCGAGGCUCCAGUGUCCAGACCCACUCCUCUGUAUGGGCAGCCGUUGUGGUGGGGGGAGGAUGAUGCUGAACACAGUGAAGGACAGCGGCCAGCGGAGGACCCUGCAGAGAAUACUAAAGAGGGCUCCAGACAUGAGGUCAGCGGCUCCCUGUCGGACAGCCAGGCCAAGACGAUCUACUCACACCACAGGGAGCCCAGCUACUUUGAGAUUCCCACCAAGGAGUUCCAGCAGCAGGAGCUCCAUGAGGUUCCCACUAAGGACACUGACCCCCCUUCUGUCCCUGUUCUCCCUCCAGUCCCCACCUCCACACCCCCUGUGGUGCAGAGCCACGCCUCCUUCACCAUUGAGUUUGAUGAAUGCACACCAAGCAAGAUCAAGAUCAAGGACCAUGUGACCAAGUUUUCCCUCCGCCAGCAACGCAAGCUCCCGGGUAAGGAGGUGGUGACAGCGCCCACUGAGGUGAUAUCAGCGGAGUGCAAGGUGGCUGAUUGGCUGGUCCAAAGCGAUGUGAGCAUGAUGAGGUCGUCUCAGACAGAGGACAUGUUCAGCUCAAAGAGUGGCCUGCCCAUCUGCAACAAGGCUUCCACAGGCCACCACCAUGAGGAUGGGACUCGGAGUGACUCUGAGGAUCCUGUUGUAAACGGGAAACAGGCUAUCCAAUUAAAGCCACCGAUGGGCCCUCACACGUCUCUACCACCCCAGCUGGCCCUCCCUAGACCCUUCACCAACCCUGACUCAGAGGAGCCUCAGUCUCACUCCCCUCCUCCGAGCCAGGACAAAGCAGACCCCCAGCAGGGCUUUGUCAUUGAGUUCUUUGACGACAAUCCACGCAAGAAGCGCUCACAGUACUUCACCAACAACACAGGCCAGCUCGACAGCCCGGCCCUCAGGAAUAAGCCGGAGAAAAGGUGCGGCCCCAGCACCCCCACCCAGCAGUACACCAUUCCCUUGAAGGGCCCGGGUUCUGGAGGCCCCCAGAGGGCCGGCUCCCUGAGGAGGGAGAAGAUGGAGGAUCGGAUCAGUAACGGCAUCUCCUCCUGCUCCGUCCCUCCCAGGCCGUUUAGAAGUGUGGGCCGCAGGUCCAAACUGGCCCAGGACUUCACGGCUGAGUUCCUGAGGGAGUCCAGACAGGAGUCUAGGCCGAGCAUGAACACAACCUGGGAGAAGAAUACGUCACCUGUGUCUCCUACCACCAGCCCACCACCAACAGUAGAGGCAACAGCCCCUCACUCCCACCAGACCACACCAAGCCCCCCUCAGCCCCCUGUCCCAUACCUGACUCAGACCUCAACCCGUGCCCACCAGUCUGUGCCCCUGAAAGCCCCUCUGAUUCCCAUGGACCCACGCAGCCUGGAGGCCCCACGCAGCCUGGAGGCCCCACGCAGCCUGGAGGCCCCACGCAGCCUGGAGGCCCCACGCAGCCUGGAGGCCCCACGCAGCCUGGAGGCCCCACGCAGCCUGGAGGCCCCACGCAGCCUGGAGGCCCCACGCAGCCUGGAGGCCCCACGCAGCCUGGAGGCCCCACGCAGCCUGGAGGCCCCACGCAGCCUGGAGGCCCCACGCAGCCUGGAGGCCCAAAGCAGCCUGGAGGCCCAAAGCAGCCUGGAGGCCCAAAGCAGCCUGGAGGCCCCAAGCCCCAAAGGCCUGGGGAAAGAGGAGGAUGAUACCUUGAGUGAAGCAGGCACCUAUACCAUCGAGACAGAGGUCCAGGAUAAAGAGGUGGAGGAGGCACGCAGCAAGAUAGAACAGGUGUUUGGUGUUGUUGAGGGGCCAGAGCAGCCCGACCAGACUGCAGCAGCAUAUAAGCCUGUUGAGUUUCAGGACAGGGAGGAGCGUAGGGAGAGUAGCUUGGUGGAUCUGACGCCAGGGCAGGGACAGAAUCUGGUGCAGGUACCGGGUGGCUCUAAGUGGGUGUCUCGCUGGGCCAGCCUGGCAGACAGCUACACACACUCUGGCCCUGCCUCAGGCCUCUUUGAAAUCCCCUCACAGAUGGACCUGUCAGGAGGAGUUGGUGGGAGGACCGUCCAUCAGGCGACGCUCAGUCGGAACAUCAAUAGUGUGGAAUCGGAAGGCCAGAGUUCCAGAACACAGCGUAUUCCUUCUCAGGCACCAUCGAUGGAAUAUAAUGAGACGCCAACUCCCAGCAUUCUUAUCCAUCAGGACACUUACUCUACCUAUGAUAUCAAAGAGAGGAGCUCCAGAGUCCUUGGACCACAGGAGGACCUCCACAACCUGUCUGUACAGGACGACCUUGACCUAGACAGCCUGAGUGAUGCCAGUAAGUCAGACGACGGCUCCAUCGUGGAGCAGAGGAAGAUGCCCACACCAGAAAGAACAGACAAGAUUACAUCUCAGAGCAGUGAAAAGGAGAGGGCCACACUCCCAGCCAAGUCUACAUCAUUCUACAUUGGCUCUAAGGAGACUGUGUCCAAACAGGAGCGGGGAUCCAGACCCAAUACACCCAAGAUUGAGAGAAAAUCACCACCACCUGCCAACACACCACAGUUCUCCACAGCCACCCUGACCAAACAACAGGGUGGACAAGACUUUCAGAAGACAGUCAAGCUCAACUCAUCAGCUCCCAAGCUGGACUACCAGGGCAGAGUCAGCCCUCAGCCCAAGGAGAUCUCAGUGUCUCUGGUCAGGCAGGAGAGCUUCAUUAAGGACCAGCCAAGUGAUGCUGCCCAGGUCACCAGACUCCCACACAUCUCCAGCCAGCCUGCUCUGAGUGACCCUGACCCUGCUGAGGCGUUCCAGGGUGUUUGCAGCCAGGACACCCACUCCUACCUCAAUGGGACCGAGGACUCUCUGGCUGCCCUGGAGGCCAAGCUCCAGGCCCAGCCGCCUGAUGUUGCUCCUCGCCCCAUAGAAUACUCUCUGUCUGGGGAGUCUGACAUGGAUUCAGCCAGCACUGCCAGCCUGUGCAACAACCAGACUGCCCCCAAGACCGGAUCCAAGAAGCCCUUUAUCACUAGUGGCCUUCAAAGGGAGAGGUCCUCUGCCAGCUCCUUCACCCAGGAGCCCAGUCGCCAGCAGUCAGCCCUCGAUCGCCUGUCAGAGAAGCGGCGGUCCCAGGGAGUGGACAGCAGCAGGAAGCCUGAACAAGACAGGAGGCUGGGGAUGAGAUGCUGUGUUGUAAAACAUGGCACCAUGGACCUGAGUGAUGACCCCCAGAGCUUCAGCUUACCCUACUGGCCUGAAACCAUCUCCUCAGACCAGGAGGGCUCCCGGCCCGCUGCAUGCAAGAAGUACACCGUCCCCCUGCAGAAGGUAGAUCCCACUAAGUCCUCCAAAGUGGCCCAGGCCCUAAGCCGAUCCAACAGCAUGUCUGCCCCACGGCCCACAAGAGCUUCAAUGCUUCGCCGGGCUCACCUGGGCGAGGCAUCCGACAAUGAGGUUACAGAGACGGACAGAAUCUCCCUGAACUCCCAGGAUACCAGUGGGACCACCAAGGUCUCCCAGGACAGUAAGAAGCAGCUCUCCAGGCUGGACAUGUUGGCUCUGCCCCGGAAGAGGACUAGCUCCUUCACCACUCCCAGUGAUACAGAGUCCUCAGCACCCAGGACAGGCUUCUCCAACCGUAGCACAGAGUCCAACAGCGGCUCUGGCCUUAAGGCCUCCGUGGCCGGGCCCAGCACUAAGCCUGCACUAGGCAGGGCCUCUGGAGCUCCAGGCAAGCUCAUCACCCGCUUCCGCUCCAGCAGUGCCAAAUACACCAGCAGCACAGCCAGCUCUAGACGACGACAGAAAGGCUCUGACUACACCUCCACCUCCGAGGAGGAAUUUGACUCUAACCAAAGCACCCUUAAACACAAACGCUCACACACACCCUCAGCUUCCCGCUCCCAGCCUCUCAUCCCCCCACGCCCCAAACCCCGCUCACGAGACUCGGACCAGGAGAGUCACGAGGGAGACGCCUACCAGAACUGUUCCUCUCACAGUGCUGAGAUAGCAAGACUGAGUCAGGGCCUGGCUAAAGAUCUGUCCGUCCUGGCCAGGGAGAUCCAUGAUGUGACUGGUGAUGCUGAUCCUCAGAGCUCUUCUGCAGUGGAGGCCAAUACACCUGUUUCUACCAUCACCGCCAGGGAGGUGUUGGUCCAUCCCAUCCCAGAGGCUGGUGUGAACUACCUUAGAGUUCCUCCUGGAUCCGCUGCAGCCAGGAACCCCGACCAAACCAUUAUGAAUGACCAGGAAUACAACUCCAAGCACAGAGGAUGGAACCAGGAAGUGGUUGUUGUGGAUGAUCUGAUGUUGAAUCCAGUGUCCCAGAUCUCUCUGGCUAUUCGAGAAAACACGGAGCAGCUAGCUGAGAAAAUAAAGGUACUAUUCCACAACAAAACUGACGUUUGGGGGGAGAUUGAAUCAAAGCUCAAUACUGAAAAUGACAUCCCCGUCCUGAAAGGCUCAAACAAGGAAAUCACAGCUAUUCUGAAAGAGCUCAGAAGAGUUCAGAGACAACUUGAAGUCAUCAACACUAUCAUUGAGCCCAGUGGAAAUCUUGAGCCAGCCAAAGCCUCCACUCCUAGUGCCCCCUCCUCAGCCGGGUUGAAGCCAUCCAGGGCCCCUUCGAGAUACUGGAGAACCUCAGGUUCCCAGCGGGGUGGGGUUCCCUCUGCCAGCUCCAGGCCCAGUGAGAGUGUCAGGAGAUCAGUUGUGGCCUCUGAGGCAGAGAGCUACGUGGUCUGAGGUUUUGGAACACAGUGCCUCCCCUUCACUGCUGCACCACAAUUCCAGGUGUUGAGAGAGAGAGUGGAUUAGAGAGGGGGAAAUAGGCACUGCUAGAGAGAACUGUGGCCCCACCGCACAAAGACACUACUGUACUGUGUGUGCACUACUAGACAACUGGAAUGCGCAUUGAACUGCCAUGGUGUGAGAAAGGGGUUGUACGAGACGCAUAAAGCCAUGCAGUGGUUAGUUCAGUUGAGGGAAAAUAGUAAUAGAUUUAUAGUAAUAGAUUUAUAUUCAAAUUGACAAAAAUAACUUUACACAAACAAUUUCUCAAGCAAGAAUUUUGCUAGGAGUGUCUGUGAGUGGUCUGAGUGGGGAGGAAAAACUGAAAACUAGCUGUUCUUAGCAGAGGUUUGGAACUCUUUGUUAUUGGUCUAUUAACCAAUGUACCGCAUGGUGAUGUAUCCAUGGAAAGCCGAAAUGUCCGCCCAUGCAAACCUGCUGAUUUAGAAGGACCUGUGUAGAUUGUAUUUUCAACCAGCAACUACCAGGAUUAGUGUUAGUUUCAUCAGCUGUUGAACAAUAUGAUACAAAACACACACACUGAAUUUUGACUACACUGGGCCUUUUAAGACGAGGUCAUUAUUCUGCCAUAUACCCUUGUUGAUCUCCCGUUCAGGAAACUUAAGCAUACUUGCAUUUGAUUGAUUGAUUUCUGUAAUUUUAUUAAUUGGGGAAAUUUUGCCACAAUCAGCUUAGAGCACAGUAUAUUUAAAAACAGCUUGAGUAUAUUUUAUUUAAGGAAGUGUGUAUAUAUAUAUAUUACUAAAGUAAUGAACUAAUACAGUUAAAGCAUAUUUUGACUGCUUGAUUAAAUGUAUAAGUAAAGAAUUUAUAUAAAGGAGUUCUCCAGGAUUCCUUGAUAGGUUUAUUCAAGACUUCAUCACUGCUUUCUUUGAAUACUCACUUUCUUUUGACCACUUUCUCCCUCUAUGGACCAGACCUAUUGAAGAAUGUCUAAAGUAUUUCAUUGUAAUGAUUUAUAUAUUAUUAAAGAGUUUAGAAACUGGCACUUGGACACUUGCUUUUGAGCCAAUAGAAUGUUAUUUUUCUGGUCUCUUAGACACUGAGGCAUUUUUUAAAUGAAACGUAAGAAUGUCUCUAGGAGUCAUUGCUUUACAUGGUAUCUCAUGUUGCCAGUAUAAAGUUGUGCGUAUGUAUUCUCUAGAGUCAAAGGUAGACAUCAGGUCUGCUUCCUCAUGCACUAUCUGACACUAUAGAUUUCCUUGUUCUCAGAACUGAAAGUCUGUGUGGAAUGUAUGGUUGGGUGGGCAGGGCUGGGGGGCUUAGUGCUGGGGUAGAACGUUAGUUUUAAUCACCUAGCAACAGCCAACUUUCUGGAGUGUCUGUGUAGCUCAGCCCAGAGAUUUUAGGCUUUGAACAGAAUAAAACAAAGGACUCAUUCAGGGCUUCUACCAGCUAGCGCCAUUUGGAAAGUGUGUUUGUAUUGCUGAUAGGUUUGAUUGUCAUAACUGGUCAGUUGAUUGCACAGCUCUCAAUAAUGUGGUCAGACAUACAGUGAGCUCUAAAAGUAUUGGGACAGUGACACAUUUGUUUUGGCUCUGUACUCUAGCACUUUGGUUUUGAAAUUAUAUAAUGACUAUGAGGUUAAAGUGCACACUUAACUUUAAUUUGAGGGUAUUUUCAUCCAUAUCGAGUGAACCGUUUAGAAAUGACAGCACUUUGUACAUAGUCGCCCCCCCAUUUUAGGGGACCAAAAGUGUUGGGACAAUUGGUCCCGUAUUCCUCGCACGCAAUGACAAUGAUUAUAUCAAGCUUGUGAAUCUACAAAGUUGUUUGAUGCAUUUGCUGUUUGUUUCGGUUGUGUUUCAGAUUAUAUUGUGCCAAUAUAAAUUAAUGGUAAAUGAUGAAUUGUCAUUUUGGAGAUACUUAAAGAAUAUAAUGUUUCUAAACACUUCAACAUUAAAUGUGGAUGAUACCAUGA